UCUUAUUUUCUCACUUUCUCGACUCUUGAAACUUCUUCUCCUCUGAAACUUCCCGAGAAACAAGCACAGGAACUGCCGUAAUUCUUUCAUCUCUCGAAGAAUGAACAGGAGGAGGAAGUCAAAGAAAUACAAUUUUCCGGAUAAAUCUCAAACUCCGUGGACGACGAAUUGCAGUGCUCCUGCUAGGAAUCUAAGGAAGAGCGACCUAGGUGGAGUUAUCUUUGGUUGCAAGAAUAACACAAUCGAAGAAUGUUAUUCUGAACAGUUGUUUGGAUUGCCGCGUCCACAUUUCUCGUAUGUAAAGAAUGUCAGCAUUGGUUUGCCGCUUUUCUUAUUCAAUUACAGCGAUAGGAAACUUCAUGGUAUCUUCGAGGCUGCAAGCCAGGGACAGUUGGAUAUUAGACCUUAUGGGUGGACUCAAGACGGUUCAGAUACUCCAUUUCCUGCACAGGUCAAGAUUCGAAUCCUGAUGCCGUGCCAUCCAUUGCUAGAAGACCAGUUCAGAACUGUAAUUUCUAGUAACUACUAUGAACCAAGACUGUUUUGGUUUGAACUAGACCGUGAUCAAACAAAAGACUUGAUCUCAUUGUUUUCAGCUUCGCCACUUACUGUGAGUACUUCCAUCCCAGGCAAUACACAUAAGGGGAAUAGUGUAUUCAAAGCUUCAUCUGUACAGGAAAUUGGCUGCACUGAGACACCUGCAUCAGAAUGGGAUGCUCAUCCAGACCAGGUCAGUGCAGAAUGGCAAUGCUACGAUGCUCCUGGUCUGUUUGGCAUAGGAACUCUAAUUGGCGAAAAUGUUACAGUAAAGGAUGAGGAACCAGGAGAACAUCAACGAACUUAUGCUUCUGUGGCGAGAUGUGCAGAGCUUUCCUUUCCACAAAAGAAGUGGAGUGCCUUGUUUGAAAGCUCAGACACUUCUACUGUAGGGAAUGAAGCCUUAGAUUUUAUGGCAACAGCUUUAGAGCUGAACCUUCCAUGUAUUGCACCUUGUUUGGAUGGCAGAAGUAAUCUUCCGGAAGCUCCUGCAGAUGAUUCAGUAAGGCAUGAUGAACAACUCAUAGGAUUGAAGCCAAGUAGUAAGGUAGUGUACUGCCCUGUUGCAACGGGAGCAAGUUCUUCGGAUGAAAAUUUACCUGCUGCUGAUCAAAGAUGGGAAGGUGAAGACUUCGAGACUGCAACUUCAGAUUCUUAUUUGUUUGAGCCCAAUAUGCGAUUGAGCUCUUCAUGUGAUGCACCUUGUUUGGACAUAGACGUUACGUUUUCAAAAGUUUGUACGGAUGAGUGUGCAGCAGAAAUAGGUUGCAAGGAAAAUAUACACUUCAGACCGACUGGUGAAUGGCAUGAAUGCUCCUCAUUUUCAGUCAUGACAAAGGAGAUGUCAUCAAAGCAUAAGCGUGGGGAAGUAAAGGGGAAAUGCGGGAUGGCAUCAGAUGAUAUUUGCUUUCCAGAAGCACCACCAAUUGUUUUAGAAUCGAAAUCCUCCAAACUUGAGUCUGCUGUGGCUGAGGUAUUACAGCAAGAAGUUAGGGAGUUGAAGUUAUCUCAUCUAAAACAAGUUCAAAAAAUCAUUUCUUUGGAGCAGGCUCUGAUUGAAUCAAGAAGAGGACUUCGAAGUUUAAACGAUCAAUACAAGAUUUUGGAAUGUGGGCCAUUUCCUAGAACUGGAUUAGUUACUGAAAAAGAAUACGAAUCAAGUGAUGAACCUUGUUCAGACCUUGAUGUGAAAGUGCUUAUUGUUGGAGGAUAUGAUGGGUCUCUGUGGUCAUCAGCUUUGGGGUGUUAUUCUCCUUCUCGUGAUCUUAUGGAAUCCCUUAAUCCAAUGAAUUUCAUACGUUCACAUGCCUCAGCAGCAGAGCUAAAUGGUGACCUCUACUUGUUUGGUGGUGUAUAUAAUAAUUGGUGGUAUGAUACAGUUGAAUCAUACAACCCAAUAAGCAAUCAGUGGGUUAGUAGACCUUCACUUAAUCAAAAGAAAGGAAGACUAGCUGGAAUUUCUCUAAAUCAGAAAAUUUUUGCAAUUGGUGGUGGAAAUGGAGUUCAAUGUUUCUCAGAGGUGGAAAUGUUUGAUCCAUACGUAGGAAGGUGGAUCCCUGUUCAGUCAAUGCGAUGCAAGAGAUUUGAUGCUUCAGCAGUAGAAAUGAAUGGCACGAUCUAUGUUACUGGAGGACGGAAUGAAAAGGUUUACUUGAAAUCAGCAGAAAGAUUUGAUCCUCGAGAACAUUUGUGGACCAGACUUGGGAAAAUGUCCACGAAGAGAUCGGGCCAUUCAUUGUCUGUUCUGAAUGAGAAACUAUAUGCUGUAGGCGGCCAUGAUGGAAAUAGGAUGGUCUCAUCUGUUGAGGUUUUUGACCCUCGUGCUGGUUCGUGGAUGACGGUUGAAUCCUUGACUUGUUCGAGGGGAUGCUUUGGUGCUGUUGUAAUUGCAGAUUCUCUGUAUGUCAUUGGGGGAUUAAAUGAAAAUGAGGAAAUAUUGGACACGGUGGAAUGUUAUAAGGAGGGACAUGGAUGGACAUUGACAAAUCUUAGAGGCGUUGGAAAAAGAUGCACUUUCUCUGCUGUUGUCAUGUAAAUGCCAGGGAGUGAAAAGCAACAGGUUAGGGGUGAAUCUUUUCAAUCUUGUCUGUCUGUCCUUUCAACGGUGUUCAUAUUAAAGAGUAGUGGGCUAUAACUUCGGUUAGUACUCUUACAAAGUUCAACCUACUUAUUGUUGGGUGGGGAACACCACGUGAGCCAUUUAAACCUAGUGGCAUUUUAAUAAUUUUUAAGGAUGGUGCUAGUGGGAUGCCCAGC